GGACAGGAGCUUCAAGAUUAGCCCAUAAGAUACCUACCAAUAAGUCUGGAACUAUUUUAAUUCUAACUUCAUAGAUAUAGAUAUAUAUAGAAAAGAUCCACCAUCGGUCGAACAUUUGUGGAUUCUUCCUGACUAUUGGAGCCAUUGAACUUAAUUGACAAAGACGCACUCAGGCAAACUAAACUGUGGGACGAAAAUCAUUAAGCAGUGUUUCCGCAGGAAUGAUUUUAUGAGCGCAAAGAUGGCGGCUUCUUUGCUGAGGAUAGGGCGACUUGGCUCUGUCAAGUUUUGUACAGAUCCAUACAUCCUUGGGCAUAGCUGUGGGAAGAAGCACCCCCUGAAAAAUCUGAAUUGUGUGCAAGCAGAGAGGUGGAGCACUCUGAGUGCUCCUGCAGCUGCGGCCCUAUGCACGAAAGCUGGUGGUCCCAAGAAGCCCAAGAAGAGCAGCUCAGCAAAAAAGUCCCAGGGCAAAACAUAUUUUGAUUUAGAGAAGCUUGUACCACACAGAAAAUAUGUGGAGUUUCCAAAGAAAGUAAUGACACCAGCUGCUGCAGCAAAACUUGCCGCCGCCCCAAAGCCUGUUGAAGCCGCUGCCGCAGAGCCAAAGCCUGUUGAAGCCGCUGCCGCCGCCCCAAAGCCUGUUGAAGCCGCUGCCGCAGAGCCAAAGCCUGUUGAAGCCGCUGCCGCCGCCCCAAAGCCUGUUGAAGCCGCUGCCGCAGAGCCAAAGCCUGUUGAAGCCGCUGCCGCAGAGCCAAAGCCUGUUGAAGCCGCUGCCGCAGAGCCAAAGCCUGUUGAAGCCGCUGCCGCAGAGCCAAAGCCUGUUGAAGCCGCUGCCGCAGAGCCAAAGCCUGUUGAAGCCGCUGCCGCAGAGCCAAAGCCUGUUGAAGCCGCUGCCGCCGCCCCAAAGCCUGUUGAAGCCGCUGCCGCAGAGCCAAAGCCUGUUGAAGCCGCUGCCGCAGAGCCAAUUGUUGCCGCGGCUGAAGCUGUUCCGGCCCCCGCUGCAGUCGAAGUCACCCCCGUCGUCGACACAGUCGCCCCCGCAACUGAAGCCAUUGUUGAAUCCGCCGCUCUUGUAGCCAAAGCCGCCCCCGUUGUUGAAGCCGCUGCAUCAGUAGCCAAAGCCGCCCCCGUUGUUGAAGCCGCUGCAUCAGUAGCUGAAGCCGCUCCUGUUUCAGCCGAAGCGGCUCCCGUCGUUGAAGCUUCAUCAGCAGCCAACGCUCCUGUUGAAGCCAGCCCAGAUGCUGCUGCCCCUGCAGAAGCGGUUGCUGAAGCUGCCCCAGUUGAAGCCAUAGCAGAAGUUGUGGUUGAAUCUGCAACCAUUGAAGGUGCGGUUGAAGCCCUCGUGGAAGUUGUAGCAGAGGUUGUGACUGUAGCUGCCCCCAUUGAAGCUGUGGCUGAAGCCCUCAUUAAAGCUGCAGCAGAGGUUGAAGCUGCCCAAGUUGACGCUGCAGCAGAGGAGCUGAUUGCAGAGCCCCCCCCGGCCGAGGCAGAACGGAUUGAGGCGCAUGAGGUUCAACUGGACCCAAUCCAGAAGCUCUUCCUGGAUUCGAUCCGCGAGUACACCUCAAAGAGUGUGGCCAGUGGCGGUUUGGUAGAUGCAGGCCCUGCGUAUGAGAAGAACUUAGCAGAGGAGCUGACUAAACUCCAGCGGCUUUAUGGUGGUGGAGAACUCACAGCUUUCCCAGAGUUCAAGUUCACAGAGCCCAAGCUGGAGGAAGUGGCCCCCAAGUAAACAUCAAGUUUUUUGUUGUUGGUUUUGUUUUGUUUUUACAGCUUUUUCCUGUCCAUCUGUUCUAUGAAUAUUGGAAGUCUAAAGAUAACUGUAUCAAGUUGAUGCUAAAAUCCUUUUCAUUUUCUAUGUGGGGGGGUUAGAGCUGAUUCCGUAUAAAUAAAAAUUCUCUGACUUAAAGUCUGUAUAAGAUGCACAUGUUGGAGGUCAAGCGUAGGCUGAGCUUUGAGCUGUGAAAUAUAUAUGCAUUUACAUAGGAUGAUCCAGGAAUGUUGGAUGGGGGGAAUAAACUCUGAUCCAUAUUCUA